AAUGCUCUCACGUGCCUCCUUAGAUACUGCUAUGAAUUAGGAGUGAAGUAUGUAACUGUCUAUGCAUUCAGCAUUGAUAACUUUAAAAGGAAGUCUACAGAAGUUCAAUCCUUGAUGGAACUGAUGCGGAUAAAGAUAGAGGAGUUGCUUGAACAAGAAAGUCUCAUUAAUGAGUAUGGUGUUAGAUUACAUUUCAUUGGAGACACGAAACUACUGACAGAGCCUGUCAGGGCUACUGUGGAAAAGGCAACGAGAGUUACUGCCCACAACAACCAGAGAGUUCUUUUGAUUUGUGUAGCGUAUACUUCUCGUCACGAGAUUGUGCAUGCUGUUCAAGAAUGUUGCAAGGAAAAAUUGAAUGAAGUUCAAGCGUUAAAAGAAGAGAAAGUUGCAAAUGGUGCGUUUUCAAGAAUUGAUCAGGGCCUGAAAGGAAAUGAUUUUGAUUUGCUUUCUCAAGAUUCAUGUAAAGAAUAUCGAAAUGCAAUCAAAUCUUAUAGGACCGAAGUAGAAAGUGUUGCAAGGAAUGAUGGUUUAUUUGAGAAUAAUAUCGAGAAUCAUAUCGGUAACGACACUGAAGCUGAAACGACAUUAUACAAUGGGCUGGUUGAAUUGACUGAAGAGAGAAAGGAUAUACAAGAUGAGUUUCCUUUUAUAAAACUGGCGGAUAUUGAGAAGAACAUGUACAUGGCAGUUGCACCUGACCCAGACAUCUUGAUCCGAUCUUCUGGAGAAGCUCGCCUCAGUAAUUUUCUACUUUGGCAGACUACUACAUGUCCUUUGUAUGCUCCGACUACACUCUGGCCUGAAAUUGGUCUAAGGCACUUUAUCUGGGCAGUAUUGAACUUUCAUAGACACUAUUUUUAUUUGGAAAAGAAAAAGAAACAGUUUUAAGUGUAUUCUUGUUGG